CAGGCUCCCCUUGACUCAGCCCUGCAUUCACACAGCAGCGGAAGAACGCGGCGCGUGUCAGUCUCGCCAACGGGGCUCCGUCCAGCCGUCCAGCGAGGGAAAGCAGCCCCAGGUGCGCGUGGGGACCCGGGGCUGGAGCUGCAGCCCGCCUCCGCCGCGCGUCCCCCACCCUCCCGGCGUGGCCCAGCCCUUCUCCAGCCCGGCUUGGCUGGCCGCCGCCCCGGCUGCGGGAGAGGCCAGGGCCGGUCCCCACCCCGCGCGCUUAAAGCGGCCCAGCCGGGCGCCUGGCGGCAUCUUUCUCCGCGGCUGGCCAGGGCGCCGGGUGGGCGGAUGCAGGAGGCCGCGGGGAGCAGCUCGGCGCCGCUGCCGGCGGCGGCGGCAGGAGCCCAGCGGCGGGAGCUUCACCCAGCUGGUCCGCAGCCCGUGAGGUCCCUCCAGGUGGCCAUGCUGAAUGGGGAGACAAGCAACUCUGCCGCCAGGAAUGUGGUCCGCAGCUCCAGCAUCAGUGGAGAAAUGUACAAUAUCGAGAAGAGUAAUGGUGGCCAUUCCGAUUCAGCAAGUCUCUCCUCCACUAAGAAGCGGCGAUCCAGCCUGGGGGCCAAGAUGGUAGCUAUUGUGGGGCUGUCACAGUGGAGCAGGAGUACUAUGCAGCUCAAUCAUCCUGAUGGUGGCUUAAAGAAACUUCGAAGUAACAUUCGUCGCAGCACUGAGACUGGGAUUGCUGUGGAGAUGAGAAACAGGGUCACCCGUCAAGGCAGUCGGGAGUCAACCGAUGGAAGUACUAACAGCAACAGCUCCGAUGGCACAUUUAUUUUCCCCACAACCAAGCUGGGAGUUGAAAGCCAGUUCAGUGACUUCCUAGAUGGUCUUGGACCAGCCCAAAUUGUAGGGCGACAAACACUCGCUACUCCACCAAUGGGUGAUGUCCAUGUUGGGAUGAUUGACCGGAAUGGACAGCUAGAGGUAGAAGUGAUAGAAGCCCGAGGCCUCAUACCCAAACUAGGAUCCAAGUCUUUUCCUGCCACCUACGUUAAAGUGUAUCUGCUGGAAAAUGGGGCUUGCCUGGCCAAGAAGAAAACCAAGACGGUCAAGAAGAACUAUGACCCGUUGUACCAGCAGGCGCUUCUGUUUGACGAAGGCCCUCAGGGUAAAAUGCUACAGGUGAUUGUCUGGGGAGACUAUGGCCGCAUGGACCACAAGUGCUUCAUGGGGAUGGCUCAGAUUGUCCUAGAUGAGCUGGACCUGUCCAGUGUAGUGACAGGUUGGUAUAAGCUCUUUCCCACUUCCUCGUUGGCAGACUCCACCAUCGGACCCCUUACUCGUCGCCUUUCUCAGUCUUCACUAGAGAGUUCAAUAAGCCCUUCUUGUCCUUAAAGAAGACAACACAACAACAACAACAGAGAAUGCCUUGUUCUACCACGGCUUCUGGAAGUAUGGUUUGUAAAUAUUCCAUGUCUUUUCCUCCCAUCACCCUUUCUCCUCCUCCGCCUCUUCUUUCAAGGAAAUUGUUCCAGUGACUUUAGACGUGUCUGAUCCUCCCUCUCUGGGGUGGACAACGUAGGAGAAAUCCAAAAGGGUGAUGGGGGAGGAAUUGAAAGGGAAAGAAAAGAAACACGUAUUAAGGAGAGGAAGAAAAAAACACCCCGAUUAACAAAUUGCCAGUUUCAAGACUGUUCCAUCACCCCAAAGAAAAUGGCCUGUGAAAAAGAGUAAAUCGUUUCUCAUGCUGGAAACAUCUUAGGCAGGAUCUCAACCGUUAAACCCACUUCAAAAUAGCAUGUUAGGUUUUCUUUCUCCUCUCAGCCCUGUUUUCUUUUGGCAUCUCUGGAGGAUAAGCUUUGAUUUCUCCUAGUGUUUCUUUAGACGAAACAAAAAAGGGGAAAAAAAUGGAAUGCGGCACUUAACGUCUUUUUUUUUUAAAGGAAUGUAGCAUUUUCAGACAUUAUGUAGCUUGCCACGUGCUUAUGGAUUCCUCUGCAAUAUUUGUACAGUACGGUCACCUUCCCACCUGGCAGGAGCUGUCAGCAUUUCACUUCCUGCUUAAAUCCUGGGUUUGGAAUCCUGGAGAAAGCAAUUUCGUUUGCAUUGUGCGUACCUGGAGAAGGAUAGGAGGAUCUGCCAAAGGUGCGGAAGAAGAGAGAUCUCCAAAGGGUGCAUCUGACUGUUAAGUUCAAAGAAUACUAAGACUCAUGAUUUUGCUUUGUCAUGCUUAGAGAAAUUUAAUUGUGUCUCCUCCUUUAGAGACUCCUGUUUUAGAUGCUGGAUCUUUGAUGCUAUUUUAGCAAGGCAUAUGCAAAGAACACUCUUAUUGAAAUGGGCCCUUUGUUCAGUUUGUCCUCAUUGUGUCUGGAACAAUUUGCAGCCUGAAAGGCAAGAUACCAAACCAACCAAUUUUCAAACAGAAGGUAAAAUAUAACGAGAAGAAAUUUACUGGGCAAACAUGGAAGCUCUUCAAAGUUUCAUAGGAGAGCCUAUGAAUUUAUCAGAAGGAUGAGUAUGGAGUCUCUCCAUUUAUUAACUGUUUCAGUUUAAUCCAAUCUGGCUGCUAUCCAAAACCAACUAAUUUGUUUAAAAAAAAAUGGAACAUUUGAUGGAAUUUGCUUCUGUGUAAACCCGCAUGGGCUGGAUUGUUAGUUGUACGAAUAUGUGUUUUAUGUAGCAAUCUGGUCUCUCAGUGACGGCCAGUUCCCGUAGCAAAAUUGAGAAUUACAGAAGCUUUUCAUGAAGGUGCCUACUAAAAUUUGUUGCAAAUACUCAGGGGAGAUACUACUGAAAAUCACAAUUUCUUUAUUGUUCCUGUUACUAUUAUUUUUUAAAAAAUUUCCCAUAGACUAUAGGAGCAGUAAAAGCUGGCGGAUUGAGUGUUGACAUGACAGCAGCCUGAAAGCUACUGGUUAGUUUCUGGAUACUAGACAGCCUUGGAAAUAGCUCUUAAAUUGGAAUGCUCAUUUUAGCUAUCCACACUUGAUUUUAAUGGAGGGCCAAGAAACUGUUUUACUUCUUAGGUGUUUUAUAAUAUAAGUAAAGUAAACAUGGAUUCUUCUGUAACUUCAGUUAGGAUGAAACACAAGGGAAGUUCUCAAGAAGAAAAUUAAGGGGAAACAAAACCGAUAGCACUUAAUUUCUCCCUUACAAGGACAAGUUUCCAGCGGAUGUUUUGAUGGGAUCCCAUCACACCCUUCAAAAAAGCACGUGUAAAUAUAUUAGUAACGUAUUUCAGUAACAUUAACCUGCACCAAUUUUUGAAUAUGGAAUUUCUGGAGCCACCAAUUUGGCCCCACAAUUUCACCAGACCAAACCAUCUACAGCACAGGUGUCAAAUUCGAUGGCGUCACGUGAUGUAUUGUGACGUUUUUGCCUUUGUGGAGCUGGGGUAGAUGUGGCCUGCGCAUGAUGCAUCUGGCCCGCGGGCCACUAGUUUGACACUGACCUGAUCUACAGAUUCCAAAGCAGGGAGUUGAUGAAAUUUUCUUGGCUUUGUUCUCCUUGAAUGCCCUGUCGUUCUGUUGCUUCCUACAUGUAUGGACUGUUGUGACAUUUUCCAGAAUAAGCAAUAUAUUGGUUUUGAGUCUACACUGGAGACACUCUGUCUUGUUCAUUUUAGAAAGCCUUUUUUGACAAAAAGACAAAAAUGUGUCAUCUGGCAUUCACCUCUAGACCAACAAAAUGUUGCCUGGUUUUACUGCAUCCUGAAUCGAAGUUGGAAUAAAUGCAAUUUACAAAGGAUGUUUUAAAAAACUGCAGAGCAGGACUAACUCAAAGUUUGCCUCUAAGGACAAAAUGUGGCCAAUCGCUCGGUUGUCUGUUUUGCAGAAAACCGAGAUCUGCUUCCAAGUAGAAAAAUAUGGAUCACGAAAGCCUUGUGAUAGUUAGUCUUGUGGAGUCAGCACAAUUUGCCCCCUAAAACACGAUUUUGAGUGAAUCGCCGAACUGUGCCUCAAAUUAUGACUCUGAGAUUUGAGGAGCCACGGUGACAGUUCUUCUAAAGGAUAUCACUUAGCACAACAAUUAUGUAAAAUAUAAGCAAGGAAGGCAGUAAAGAUUUUGCGCAACCGGGGACGGGCUUCUCCUGAAGGGGCUCUUUUGAAAAAAAUGGCAGAAAAUGAAUCAAUGAAGUGCCUGCAGAAAGUACAACCGUCAGUAGAAGCUGGUCCAGAUCCAAGAGGUUCUGCCGCAGAAAGAGCAGCUACUCUCACGAAUCCUCUCUUCUGAUUCCUAAACCGAGAAGAGUCCUUCAAAGACCAAUUGCAUUCUUGAGACUGAAGCUUUGCUUAUCCAGGGAUCCUUGCACAUUUUCCUACAUGGUUGGCGACUUUUGCCAAUAUAGAUACCCUCUUCUCUAAGGCAUAGAAGCAUUGUUUGAACCAAUCCCCAGUGCUCCAGAUAGCUGCGCUACAGCCCCCAAGCUUGCCAUGAACCCAGAUUCUGGGGGUCUCUGAACUUUCCUACCUCGACCUUACACCACUCUGGAUAUCUGCUUGUAUCAUCUCUUUGGCUUGAUCACCUGAACUUGUUUUUGUUUUUUUUCCAGUGUGUUGAUUGCUGACCCUCAAAAUGGUCUGUGCUUGUAAGAUCUUGAAUUGUGUUUCAUCUUAGCUAAGCAGCUCCUUGACAUAUAUUUUAUUGCCAGAUUCAAGCCAUGGUCUACACUGAGCAGUGCCCCGGCUUGCUUAGCAAGUAACACUAGUUAUAGGAAUACAAUGGCGUCUUUUGGUGGCGGAUAGGCAAAGGACGCCUUAUUUAUCCAUGGAUGAGACACUACCACAUCUGGAGACAUCUCACCUAGUUUAGCAAUGGCACCGUCAGUCUGAAAGAAUGGAACAAGGUAGCAGAUAAAUAGAAAUCAAAUUAAUUCUGUUCCCAGGUAGUGAAAUUAAGGUACUAGGGAUUUCUAAACAGCUUCCAGUAUUUUUAUAACAGUUCAGACAAGAGUGAUAUGAUGUGAUCCUAAGGAUAGCAUGCAUGAUAUUGCAGUCAGGCAGAUAUGGAAACCAAAGUUGGAACCGCUAAGACAUUUCACAUGUUUUUCUAAAUUCAGCAGUGAAGGAAAGAGGUACAAAAAGGUAUGUCCCAACGUAAGAACUACAAAUCUAGAUACAAUAUGUAAUUAGUCCAUUUCCACCUCAAUAGAAAGUUUUGGGUUUGUUGGGCAGCCCGUAAUCAUUUUGAUAGAAGUCUUUACUUUGUUUUAAACAAAGUAUUCUCACAGUCAGAAGCUUAUGUUAAGAGAGAUGAUGAGGUUUCAGAUAGAGUUUUAUGUCUAAAAACUGCUCCCAAAUACUAAAAUGCAUUUCAUGGGAAUAAAAAAAAAAA